AUGCCGACCGAACUGCUUGACGACUCCACCCAGGACGCGGAGGAGGAGUUUAUCUUCAAUGAAUACGCCAUCGAUGACAGCCUCGACCCGCUGAACCGGCUCCUGAUGUACUAUCAGUCGGACUUCUCGCUGCAGCGGCUUGUGCUCGUACGCGAGCUCUCCUCCACCGCGCAAUUCGCUGGGUACGCCGAAAGCGCGCGCUCCAUUGUGCCGCUGCUGACGACCUUCACCCAAGACGCUGAGCCCGUGGUGAGGCAGGCUCUGGUGGAGCAGCUGUACCCACUCGCGGAGUUCUUUGUGCACCAGGGCAGUGAUGCGGGCUACCAGUGCUUGCUGAAUGCCUUCCUCCCGACGGCCUUCGAGCUGCUCGUGGAUAAAAAUGUGGAGGUUGGCGUUGUGGCGCUGGAGGCGAUUCAGAAGUUGGCCCAACUCGUACACAAGGAAGACGUGCAGUCACACUUACUGAACGUGGUCAUGACCCUCGCCCACGACGAGCGCGCAGAGGAUUACCGCGUUGUAGCAGCGCAGCUCUUCAACGAUCUCGCGCCACAGUUCGGCAGCGAGUUCUCAGCAACGGUAGUGCUCGGAGAACUGGAGCUGCUCUCGAACGACUCUAGCUUCACCGUGCGCCGUACCGUCGGCAGCAACCUCGGUGGCGUGUGUGCUGUGCUCACAACGGAGGAGGCGCAGCGGACGGUGCUGUCGCUGUACAUCACUCUCUGCGGGGAUGAGAUCUGGGGCGUGCGGCAGGCCUGCGCCGAGUCUAUUGAAAAGGUGUCGAGUGGGCUGCCCGAGUCAAUGCGGGUGCAGUUUAUCGUGCCGGCUUUCCAGAAGCUGCUCGAGGACGACUCUCGCUGGGUGCGCACGCGCGCCUACGAGUCGUUAGGCCGCCUCCUCCACACACUUCGUAGUGAGGACAUCAGCCCUGAGCUGCUGCGCCUCUUCACCGACAUGGCCUUCCAGUCCGACAACGUGGAAAGCCCGCUCAGCGAGUACUGUGCCUACUGCUUUCCAGCUGUGGUGCAGGUCAUCGGUCCGUCCCGCUGGAACGAGGUGGCAGACGCGUACGCGACGAUGCUGAAGGACGUGCAGUGGAAAGUGCGCAAGUCCCUCGCAUACUCGCUGCACGAGAUGGCCGCGCUGCUUGGGACAGCAAUCACGGAGGAGGCCAUUGUGCCAGCCUUUGAACUGCUGCUGCGCGACCUCGACGACAUCAAGCGUGGCGCCGUUCUCAACGCCGAGAAGUUUCUCGCUCUAGUCACGCCCGCCACGCGCGACCGUCUUGUGCCCCUUCUGUGCCACGUGCCGCUAGAGAGCGAGAACUGGCGGCUGCGCAACGAGGUGGCGAAGCGCAUUGGCGCCGUCGCCGUGCUGCUCUCGCCUGACAGCCCCUCUUUUCCUUCUGUACUGGCGCUGGUGUCGCGACUGCUCGAUGAUAGUGUUAUGGAAGUGCGCACCUCCACGUACGAGCCGGUCGCCAUCAUCCUCAAGCACCUGCGCGCAGCAAACGACGAGAAGUACCAGAACUACCUCGCCUCCAUUGUAAAGCUGGCGACGGCGUACAGCUUCCGUGGGCGUCAGAUGUUCGCUUACGUCACGGAGCAGGUCGUUAAGGCUGGCGCCGACGACGUACUCGAGAGCGCGCUGCUUGACGGGAUUGUGAAGCUGGCAAUGGACCCUGUGGUCAAUACGCGCCUUGUCGUGGACAGCGUGGCGGGCCGCACCAUCCUGCGCAACCACAAGUGGGCGGGAAAUAACAAGGUCCAGGAAGCGGUCGCGGUUCUGCAGCAGCAGGCAGCUUCGCAGGAAGAAGUGGACGCGGCGGCCGAGGCCGCUGAGGCAGCCGUAGCAAACACCCAAAUCUUGAACGGCAACGAGGACGUCGGCGGCGAGGCUGGCAGUAUGGAGAUGCACCAGGACGAGGAGCAGCAAGCUGACGGCGGCGCCCCCUCCCCGGCGCUGCAGGCCGGCUCUGAUGGGGUGGCCGCUGGAGCGGGCGGUGCUGGUGGUGAACACGAAGUCGACCCGCCGUGCGGUCUGUGGCCGCAGGGUGUGACAACCGUGUCCUCAGAAGCAUCUGGUGGCAGUAGUAGUGUCGUCUCAUUAGGUGGUACCGCAGUUGUCGGCGAUAUUUAA